AUGGCGAAUCCAGCACCGGCGGCGGGAGGGAAGUCGUUCCUGCAGGCCAUGUCGACGGUCACCGAAGAGGCGGCGGUGCCGCUCCGCGUCGUCCAGAUGGAGGGACUGGCUGUCCUGAAGAUCAUUAAGCACUGUGAGGAGUUUGCGCCUGCUCUGGUUACAGGUCAACUGCUUGGUUUGGAUGUUGGUAGUGUUCUGGAAGUGACCAACUGUUUUCCUUUCCCUAUAAGAGAGGACGACGAGGAAGCAGAUGCAGAUGGUGCGAACUAUCAGCUUGAGAUGAUGAGGUGCUUGAGGGAGGUUAAUGUCGACAAUAACACUGUUGGAUGGUAUCAGUCCUGCUUGCUUGGAUCUUUUCAAACCGUUGAGCUGAUUGAAACAUUUAUGAACUAUCAGGAGAACAUCCGGAGAUGCGUGUGUAUUGUGUAUGACCCAUCUAGGUCUAGUCAAGGAGUGCUAGCUCUUAAAGCCCUGAAGCUCACAGACUCUUUUAUGGAUCUGUACCGCAACAAUGGUUUAACUGGAGAGAAGCUAAGGGAAAAGAAAUUGUCAUGGGUUGAUAUUUUCGAGGAGAUACCGAUUAAAGUGUCCAACUCGGCGCUUGUCAGUGCCUUCAUGAAGGAGCUGGAACCUGAGUCACCUGUUUCACAGUGUGACUUUGACCGUCUUAAAUUGUCGACUGCGCCCUUUAUGGAAAGGAACCUAGAAUUUAUGAUUGGGUGCAUGGAUGGUCUUUCAUCAGAGCAAAACAAGUUCCAAUAUUACUAUCGCAACCUAGGAAGGCAACAGUCACAGCAACAGGCAUGGCUUCAAAAGAGAAGGCAAGAGAACAUGUCCAGAAAGGCUGCUGGCGAGGAGCCGUUGCCAGAAGAAGAUCCAUCCAACCCUAUCUUCAAGCCGCUUCCUGAGCCAUCCCGCUUAGAGGGUUAUCUCGUAACCAAUCAGAUCUCGAGUUACUGCAACCAUAUCAAUGGGGUUGCUGGCCAGAGUUUCAACAGGCUAUACUUGAUGAAGGCGUUGCAGGAAGAUUAG